AUGGAAACGUCACAAGAGCACAACUUUUUCAACCCCACGAACCAAAACUCUACAAACUUAGCCUCUAAACAAGAAAUGGAAGAUCCAAUCGUACGAAUAUCUUCUUCUUCCUCUUCCUCAUGUUCUUCCAUAGAAGCCGAACCAAAACCUGAUGAAACUCUAAACAGCAACAACUACGUAGAGCAAUCUCCUCCAACACAAGUCAUGGAGAGAUCCACAAACAACACAACCACAACAACGACCUCGAGCCCUAAUACAACUUCUUACAGAAUUCCAUCACGCGUUUUCGCAAGAACAACCUCUACGGCUCCAGUUGAAUGGAGCACUCUCUCUAACGAAUCUCUAUUCAGCAUCCACAUGGGAAACAAUAGCUUCACCGGAGGAGAUUACUUCAAAUCCGGCGAGCUAACAUUUCCUCAGCCUCCUUCACCAAUAACUCCUCCUUUGCCUUCUCCUUUACCAUCUCCACACCAAGAAACAAACCAAGGAGGAAGCCGAGUGGUGGAGGAGGCCAAAACACCGGUGGAUAUAGGUAAGAAAGCAGCUGAAACAGAUAAAGCGUACCGCGCAAGUAAAGAAGAAGAACAAAAGGCUGCAGCAAGUAUAAGAGAGGUUAUCAUGGCUAAUGAAGCUGCUAAAAAAGAAAACAACAACAACAACAACAAAACCAAUAAAUUAGAUCGUUCGGUUUCUCGUCGCUCAGAAGAUGUAAGCGUCAAGUCUUUCGCUUUUCCAAUAUUGGGGAAUGCAGAUAAGGGAGGAUUACAAGGUUCAGCUCCACAAAAGAAACAGAGGAGGCCGUCACAGCCAGAGACACCAAAGAUUUCGACUGAGGCUGAAGGAGAUGAAAGACUGAAGAAAGAGGAAGCUCCUAAAUCAGUUACUCCUAAAGAAGCUGAUCAUGCCUCUAAUUGCAACCCUAGAUGGUUAUCUUGCUUCCCUUGCUGCACAACUUUCUGUGUCUAA